CGUCAGCGCCCGUGGAGCCGGUGGAAGCGCCUGCAGCUGAAGCGGCCGCAGAGAUGCCUCUAAGCCCAGGGGAUGCCUCAAGCUCCGCUUCCACCGCUUCCAACCGGUCACGGAAUAGGACUCGCUAUCGGACCAAAGCCAUGAACUCCGAAGUAGACGAGAGCCUCUUUGGAGGUGUCAAGCCUUCAUCCCAGGGCAAGAGCGACAGCCCUAUCGUGGUGAUCCGUGAUAAACAUGCCAUCCGGAAAACUCUCAGUGCUCUGGGCUUGGACCACAAGCCGGAGACAAUCCAGCUCAUCACCAGAGACAUGGUCAGAGAACUCAUUAUUCCCACAGAGGACCCUUCUGGGGAAUCCCUAAUCAUAAGCCCUGAGGAGUUUGAGCGGAUCAAAUGGGCAUCCCAAGUCCUGACCAAAGAAGAAUUGAAUGCCAGAGAGCAGGCCUUGAAGAAGGAGAAGGAAGCCAUCUUGGAAGCAGUCACAGUCCGCAAGAAGAUCAUGAAGCAGAAGGAAAUGGCCUGGAACAAUAACAAGAAGCUAAACGACCUGGAGGAGGUGGCCAGGGAUCGGGCCCAGAACCUUCUGCAGAGAGCCAACAAGCUCCGCAUGGAGCAGGAGGAGGAGCUCAAGGACAUGAGCAAGAUUAUUCUGAAUGCCAAGUGCCAUGCAAUCCGGGAUGCUCAGAUCCUGGAGAAGCAGCAAAUACAAAAGGAACUGGAUGAAGAAGAGAAGCGGUUGGAUCACAUGAUGGAAUUAGACCGGCAGGAAUCCCUCAAAAGGCAGGAGGAUCGGGAAAAGAAAAGGAGGGAGGAGAGAGUACGGGGAAAACGGCACAUCUUGGAGCAAAUGAAGAAGAACGAAGAGGAGCGGUCGCUGCAGGCGGAGCACCGUGAGCAGGAGAAGGAGCAGAUGCUGGCGUACCUGGAGCGGCUGCAGGAGGAGGAUUUGCAGGAUCUGGAACGAAGACAUCAGGAAAAGCUGAAGAUGCAAGCUGAAAUUAAACGUAUCAACGAUGAAAACCAGAGACAGAAAGCAGAGAUGCUGGCACAGGAGAGGCUGGCGGACCAGAUGGUGAUGGAAUUUACCAAGAAGAAGAUGGCUCGAGAGGCAGAGUAUGAAGCUGAACAGGAGAAAAUCCGGAAGGAGAAAGAGAAGGAGAUCGCCCGCCUGAGGGCCUUGCAGGAGAAGGCGCAGGAUUAUCGAGCAGAGCAGGAUGCCUUGCGGGCCAAGCGCAACCAGGAGGUUGCAGAUCGAGAAUGGCGCCGAAAAGAAAAGGAAAACGUGCAGAAGAAGAUGGAGACAGAGGAGAAGCUACGCAAAAGCAGGCUGGACCAGGUGGCCUUCAAGGAACACUCGCUGGCCGUUCAGGUUCAGCGGGACCGAGACGAGUUCGAGAGGAUCCUUCGGGCUCAGAGAGAGCAGAUUGAGAGGGAGAAGCGGGAGCACGAGAAAAAGGCAGCCGGGUGUCUCCAGCAUGCCAACGAGCUGCGACGGCAGGUGCGGGAGAACCAGCAGAAGCAGGUACAGAACCGGCUCGCCACCUUCGAAGAGGGCCGGCGCCUCAAGGAGGAAGCCCAGAAGCGCCGUGAGCGCAUCGAGGACAUCAAGAAACAAAAGCUGGAAGAGCUGAGAGCCACCGGCCUUCCGGAGAAGUACUGCAUUGAAGCAGAACGGAAAGCCAACAUCCUACCAGCCACGUCUGUAAACUGAAGGGGAGCCUCUGCGGUCUCUGGAAGAGCACGGAUUCAGUUUCGUCCCCGGGGCAUCCAAGUUGCU